AUGUGGGCAAUUCUACUUUUUUGUUUGUUCCUGUCUUGUAACUACAUCUGUGUAACUUUGAUGGUCAGUUCAGGUACCUGCCAGCAACAGGGACACUUCACAUUAAAUGGGAUGCACCAGGAUGGAGACUUUGUCAUUGGUGGUAUUUUUGAGAUUCAGAGCUAUGUGAAAGUAUACCCUCAGAUAAGCUUCAGAACGCAGCCAAAACUACCAAACUGUGACCUCUUUUAUAUGACAAGCUUCCAGCAAGCACUAACAAUGGUUUUUGCCAUCAGUGAGAUUAAUAACAAUCCUAACUUGCUGCCUAACAUCACACUUGGUUACCAGAUCUAUGACAACUGUUUAAGGCUUGGAGUGGCAUUUCGGGCAGCUACAGCUCUAAUAAGUGGAACAGAGGAGGCCAUCUCUGACCUCAACUGUAAAGGCCCACCACCAGUUAUUGGAGUCAUAGGUGAUCCAGGAUCUACACAUUCUAUUGCAAUUUCCAGUGUUCUGGGGCUUUUUCGGCUGCCCAUGAUUAGCUACUACGCCACUUGCUCUUGUUUAAGUGACAAGAAAAAGUACCCCUCUUUCUUCAGAACAAUCCCAAGUGAUACCUUCCAGGUACGGGCUAUGGUUCAGACCAUGAGGCAUUUUGGAUGGACCUGGGUUGGUCUGAUCUACAGUAAUAAUGACUAUGGUAUCAACGCUGCUCAGUCCUUUCAUAAAGAAAUGCAGUUGUUUGGACAUUGUGUUGCUUUUUCUGAAAUCCUGCCCCAAGAUAACAACCCCAGGGUUAUUGAUCACAUUGUGGGAGUAAUUCAGGCCUCUACAUCUAGAGUAGUAGUUGUUUUUUCUGCUUCAUCCUUAUUGAUUCCUUUGAUGAAUAAGGUAGUGUUGCAGAAUUUGACAGACAGGCAAUGGAUAGCAAGUGAAGCCUGGGUCACCUCAACUGUGUUUCGCACACCUUAUUUCCAGCCCUUUCUGAAGGGAACGUUGGGCAUUGCUAUUAGGCGUGGAGAAAUCCAGGGCCUUCAUAGUUUUCUGUUACGCCUUCAUCCCAACAGUGACCAAAGAAAUAAUAUAGUGAGGAUAUUCUGGGAGACCAUGUUCGGGUGCAGUUUUGAAACAUUGGAUAAAGAGACAUUUGGGGAGCAAAUGAAAAAGGUGUGUACAGGACAGGAGGAUCUGAGCACCACAAACACACCUUACACUGAUGUUUCAGGAUUGAGGGCACCUUAUAAUGUGUAUAAAGCAGUUUAUGCCCUGGCACAUGCACUUCAUGACAUGAUGCAGUGUAAAGAGAAGAGAGGACCAUUCAGUGGAAACAGCUGUGCUGACAUAACAGAUCUAAAACCCUGGCAGCUGGUUUCCUACCUAAAAAAAGUGAAUUUCACCACAGGCUUUGGGGAUCCUGUGUCAUUUGAUAAUAAUGGAGAUGCUCUAGCCAUCUAUGAUGUUCUGAACUGGCAGCCGAACUCUGAAGGAUCAAUUAAACUUCACAAUAUUGGUGUAGUAAAUGAUGGAGUGACAACAGGAAUGGUGCUCAAACUGAACAAUGAUGAAAUUUACUGGAACUUUGAGGCACAAAAACCCCCACGGUCUGUAUGCAGUGAGAGCUGUCCCCCAGGCACCAGAAGAGCCACGAGGAAGGGCUUUCCUGUCUGCUGCUUUGACUGCCUGACAUGUGGAGAUGGUGAAAUUUCUAACACAACAGAUGCUAUUAAGUGCACAGUUUGUCCAGAUGAAUUUUGGUCCAAUUUAAAUAAGGAUCUGUGUGUUCCUAAAGAAAUAGAGUUUCUAUCAUAUGAAGAUCCUCUGGGCAUCUCUCUGACCACUGCUUCCCUGCUAGGAACCUGCUUCUGUGCUCUUGUGAUGAUUAUCUUUACUUUUCACCGUAACACUCCUAUAGUACGUGCCAACAAUUCAGAGCUCAGCUUCGUGCUGCUUUUGUCACUCAAACUGUGUUUCCUGUGUGUGCUGCUGUUCAUUGGUCAGCCACAGUUGUGGACGUGUCAAUUAAGACAUGCUGUGUUUGGCAUAAGCUUUGUCCUGUGCAUCUCCAGCAUUCUGGUCAAGACUAUGGUGGUAAUAGCUGUGUUUAACUCCUCUCGGCCUGAGGGCAAAGGAGCAAUGCAAUGGUUUGGAGCAGCUCAACAAAGAUGUACAGUUCUGGUCCUCACAGUCCUCCAAGUUGUAAUAUGUGUAGUCUGGCUAUCGACUUCUUCUCCAACACCCCAUAAAAACAACCAGUAUGUCCGCUCUAAAAUAGUCUAUGAAUGCGCCAUUGGCUCAGUGGCUGGGUUUUCUUUGCUGCUGGGAUAUAUAGGAUUGUUGGCAGCAAUAAGCUUCCUAUUAGCCUUCCUGGCAAGAAAUCUUCCAGAUAAUUUUAAUGAAGCAAAGUUCAUCACUUUUAGCAUGUUGAUUUUCUGUGCUGUGUGGAUUGCAUUUGUUCCAGCAUAUGUGAGCUCUCCAGGAAAAUAUGCAGUGGCAGUGGAGAUAUUUGCUAUCUUAGCUUCUAGUUUUGGAGUACUGGUGGCCAUAUUUGCCCCAAAAUGUUACAUAAUUAUUUUACAUCCAGAAAGAAACACUAAAAAAGCCAUCAUGGGAAGAGAAACAAAAAAUAGUUAA